CCAGCUCGCGACUGCGACUACGAGCUCCUUGGAGCGGCUGGGACGGUUGCCGGGUGUUAGCAAGCGGCAAGUAUGGCGGUGGCGCGCGCCGACGGGGCUUUGCCUCCCGGUGAAGGGUCAGUGGUGAACUGGUCCGGUCAGGGACUGCAGAAGUUAGGUGCAAAUUUGCCCUGUGAAGCUGAUAUUCACACUUUGAUUCUGGAUAAAAAUCAGAUUAUUAAAUUGGAAAAUCUAGAGAAAUGCAAGCGAUUAAUACAAUUGUCAGUGGCUAAUAAUCGGCUGGUUCGGAUGAUGGGUGUGUCCAAACUGACUCAACUCCGUGUAUUAAAUUUACCUCAUAAUAGCAUUGGCAAUGUGGAAGGUCUAAAGGAACUAGUGCAUUUGGAAUGGCUGAAUUUAGCAGGAAAUAAUCUCAAGGCCAUGGAGCAAAUCAAUAGCUGUGCAGCUCUGCAGCACCUUGAUUUAUCAGACAACAGCAUUCCCCAGAUAGGUGAUCUAUCAAAGUUGACCUCCCUGAAGACUCUGCUUUUACAUGGAAACAUCAUCACCUCUCUUAGAAUGGCACCUUCUUAUCUACCCAGAAGUCUUGCUAUACUUUCUUUGGCAGAAAAUGAAAUCCGAGACUUAAAUGAGGUCUCUUUUUUGGCAUCCCUAAGUGAAUUGGAGCAGUUAUCAAUCAUGAACAAUCCCUGCGUGAUGGCAACACCUUCCAUUCCAGGAUUUGACUAUCGGCCGUAUAUUGUCAGCUGGUGUUUGAAUCUCAGAGUACUAGAUGGAUAUGUGAUUUCCCAGAAGGAAAGUUUGAAAGCUGAGUGGCUCUAUAGUCAAGGCAAGGGGAGAGCAUAUCGGCCUGGGCAGCACGUCCCGCUUGUCCAGUAUCUGGCUACCGUCUGUCCUCUCACUUCUGCACUGGGCCUUCAAACCGCAGAGGAUGCCAAACUAGAGAAAAUUCUAAGUAAACAGAGGUUUCAUCAGAGACAGUUAAUGAAUCAAAGUCAAAAUGAAGAGUUGUCUCCUCCUGCUCCUAGUGAAACAAGGGCACCCCUUGUACCUGAGCAUGCAAGCCCCACUCCAGACUGCCAGAUAGCCCAGGAAAGUGAACCUGUUAUCCAAAUCAAUUCUUGGGUUGGGAUAAGCAGUAAUGAUGACCAGUUAUCUGCUGUGAAGAAUAACUUUGCAACUGUACACACGACAAGGUAUUCUCAGAACGACCUCCACUUGGAAGACAUCCAGACAGAUGAGGACAAGCUGAACUGCAGCCUUCUGUCUUCCGAGUCUACUUUCAUGCCAGUUGCAUCAGGACUGUCUCCAGUGUCACCCACAGUUGAGCUGAGGCUGCCGGGCAUUAACUUGGGCCUAGAAAAUGAUGGAGUUCCAGAGGAAUCUGUGAAAGGUCUAGAGAACCAGGACUUGGAGAAGGAAGAGGAAAAGUCUUUGUGGGGUACAAAUGAGAGUCCAGUUCAGAUGCUGAAAAGUAAGAUGAGUACAGAAAUAAACAAGAAAGCUGGGCUAUUACCUUAUCCCAAGUCAGCAAUCAUCAGUGCUGUCUUCAAGGAUGACAGCCACAGUGUUCUCUCUUUUCCUGAGUCAGCAGGACACAAUGUCUCCCACGUCGAGCCAGUCAGUGAGGAAGCCAUGUCUUACACAACUUCAGAGAAACUUCCAUGCAGGAUUUUAACCCAGAGAUCUGUUGCUUUGGGACAUGAUAAAGUUGCCCUUCAGAAACUGAAUGAAGCAGCCACCAAACUUCAGGCCUGUUGGCGGGGCUUUUACACCAGGAACUGUGACCCUCAAGCCAAAGAGGUGCGUUAUGAGAUCCGGUUGCGCAGAAUGCAAGAACACAUCAUCUGCCUGACGGAUGAAGUAAGGAGGUUAAGAAAAGAAAGAGAUGAAGAACGUGUUAAACAUAUGGUACAAGAAGAGGCCAUCAGAUUCCUGUGGAACCAGGUAAAGUCUCUCCAAGCCUGGCAGCAGACCAUUGACCAGUAUGCUGGCGCUCCUCCUCGAGCAAGUCCACCAGUGCCCCUGUCUAGCCCUUCAGUACCUAGCCCAGGUCAGAACCCCUCUUGUGAUCAGGAUUCUGAUUGGUUCCUGGCUCAGGAUGAGGCUCCUCAAGAGAAAUCCUUACCAGAAUUCCCAGACUCUGGCUUUCAUUCCUCCCUUGCAGAGCAGGGUCACUGUGUACAGGACUGUUUGGAUUUUGAGAAAAGCUCCACGGAUGGCAGUGAAAGCUCCUUCUUGGGGAAUUCCGCGGACACAGUGAAACGCAGCAGAGACCCAGGUUGGGGGGAGGCCUGCGAGGAGCACAGUGAGCGGAGUCGGGAGAGCUCCAGCAGUGACCAGGACAGCCAUCUGCUCGAGCAGUACCUGACUUCAGUCCAGCAGCUGGAGGACGCCGAUGAGAGGACAGAUUCUGAGGAAGUGGCCGGAGAUGGCGAGCGUCACCUGGCUUGUCCCCCAGAACAGCUAGAUGCCUUGUCCCACCGCGCUUCUGGAGGUGAGACCCUGAGCACAGCUCCUGCUUUACGUGACGACACCAGCCUCACGGCAGAGAGCUGUAAGCUAAAUGCGGAAGUCCCAAGACAGCAGCCAGAAUGUGAUUCGGCAUUUCGGGUAUUGCAUGCGGGUGUCACUGUGUAGCAUGUCCGAUUUCUUGGGAAGCAGAAAUCUGUACAUUUUAAAAAGAAUGUUUUCAGUUUCCUUUUUUCUUUUGAAGGAGAGCAACCCAUCCCCCUUGUUACUGUUGCUUAUAUAAAAUUUCUAUCCUUGUCUUGUACUUCUCAGAGCUAGAUACUGAGCUGUCUUCAUUUUGAUUUUAAUGUUUUAGCUGUAGUGUACUACAUAUUUAUACUAAAAGAUAUAUAUGCACUUGAUUUCUUAAUGAUUGCAAAGAUAACAUGUCUUUUAUUACACAUUUCCUUUAAAAAUGGUUUCUCAAAGGAGGAAAAUUUACUUCAAUGUUAAAUAGAAGAAUUGUAGUUCUCAGUUACAAAGAAUAUGAUUUAUUAGUGUGAAUAUGAAUGACAAAUAUGAGGAUUGUGAACCCUUGCAAUUUUCUAGGACUAAAAACACAUUUUCUCCCCUGAGUCAAGGAAAGCCUUCCUAUAUAGCCAAAUUUAGAAAGACAAAAUAAGAGUACAGGAUAUAAAAAAAAUUAUUAGGUGUGUUUUUUUUGGGGGGGGGUUGGCAAAUGAACACAGGGCUUUAAGCGUGCUAAGCAUGUGUGGUGUCACUGAGCAACCCACUUAGUGCCCCUAGAUAGUACAAUUGGUAAAUGGGGGUGAUUGAAAUAAUUUUAGUUAAUUUAUAUAUCCAUUUUAAAAUAAAGUGUUUCAUCUAGGACUGAAAUAAAGCUUAUUUAGGAAAGAAUAUUUCUCUUUAAUAUGGAGAAAGGAGGGGCAAGGCUCCAUUUACUUGGAAUAAUGUUGCUACCAGUAUUUAUCUUUUUUUUUGUUGUUGUUGUUUUGAGGUAGGGUCUCACUCUAGCCCAGGCUGACCUGGAAUUCACUAAGGAGUCUCAGGGUGGCCUCAAACUCACAGCGUUCCUCCUACCUUUGCCUCCUGAGUGCUAGGAUUAAAGGUAUGUGCCACCACGCCUGGCUAGUAUUUAUCUUUUUAUUAAGUGCUUUUUUACCCUACUGACAAACAUUUAUGUGCCAAUAUAGCACCAGAAAUUCAUGUGCAUCUUUCUUCUUUGUUUUUGCUUAUAUUCCCAUAUGUACUCCAGCCAAAGGUCCAUAGUUACUCAGGCCUCUUUUUCUCUCUUUUUUUUUUAAAAAAAAAUUUGUUGUUUAUUUAUUUGA